UCGACCAAAUCGGCCUCGGUAGUAUUCGGAUUGAGAUGUGAUGUGUCUCGCUGAUUCAUAGCACGAAGAUAAGUCCGACCGACGAUACGGAGGAAACAAGACACCAUGGAUCGGGGCGCGGAAGAUAUGAAAGUCCGAGGCCUACAUAGUACGAUUAUCCUUCUCCACAUUCAUGGCUAGGAGGUGGAGGGACUUUCUGGAGCGAUCUUUUGAUUUCUAAUACGCUUGCUUGCUUGGGUAGAUGUGGACAUGGUGUCGGUUUGAGUGGAUUUUGGGAGCUUGGGUUUGUUUAUAUUGUGAGGGGACUUGCUGUUUUUUGUUGGGGAAAGUAAGAAGGAAAGUACAGUUUCUCUAAUCAAUUCUUUCGAUUCGCCAUUGUUAAAAAAGAGGAUUUAUAUCCCUACGACUCGAUAUAAAUAAUUCGAUACGUUCCCAAACGAACAACACAUCUCUCAAGAAAACAAACAAUAAAUCAAGAAAAAUGGUUACCAUCACUCUCGGUCCCGAUUACGGCUACGUAAUCCUCGCCGCAACCUCUACCUUCAUCCUCAACUUCUGGCACGGUAUCAACACGGGUUCCUACCGCAAAGCCGCCAAAGUCGACUAUCCCGCCGCCUAUGCCCCCUCUUCCCGCACCGACACCGCAGCCCACCAAUUCAACUGCGCGCAGCGCGCACAUGCAAAUUUUACGGAGAAUCACUCGGUUGCGGUGGCGGCAAUGUUGAUUGCCGGAUUGGAGUUUCCGCGAACGGCGGCGGUGUUGGGUGGUGCGUGGACGGUUAGUAGGUGGGUUUAUAUGAGAGGGUAUAGUCAGGGGGGUGUAGGGGGAAAGGGAAGAUAUAAGGGUAUUUGGUUUUGGUUGUUUCAGAUGGGGUUGAUGGGGUUGUGUGGGUUUAUGGGAGGGAGGAUGGUGCUGGAGGGGAAGAUGUAG